AUGAGAUUUCCAACAACGAUCCUCACUCCAUCUGAAGCAGGAACGUCAAUCUUCUUUACUAAUGUCUCGGAUCAUGACAUCAAUAUCAAUACUCAUCAAGCAAUAGGUACAGCAGAAGUUACUAAAGACUAUUCAGAACUCGCUCCUGACACUCCAUUCGAUUCCUACUGUCUACCCGAAGCCAACUGGGAAGACAGACUGCCUUAUUGA